AGCUAAGGAAUCUUGCCACGCUUCCUUAUUGACAACUACACAUUUUAGAGAAAUUUCAGAUACAUGGAUCACAAUGACUCCUCAACUAAAUCAUCAUUUUCUACCCACAACCUAACCUAACCAUUAUUGUUUAUUCAAGAUCAAGAAAAAACUCCUAGCAACUCUCAACAAUUCUCACCUUCCUCUUUGAUCUUCAAUGGCCGUGAAACCAAGAAAGCUAUUUCCAACUUCAAACCAAACAGCAGAUUGUCACGAUGUUUGUGACUCAACAUGUCCUUAUGGCUGCUAUCCAUACCCUGAUACGGACUAUUACAUGCCACCACCAGCACUACUACAGCCACAACCGGCGCCUCAAUCGAGUAACAAAAAUGUUCAAAACAUUUCACCUUAUAUAAUCAUCUCCGUCGCGCUGCUAGCUAGCUUGUUCCUACUUCUCAGCUACUACAUAAUCGUCGUGAGGAAUUGCACGAAUUGGAGCCGUAGGAGACACUCGCGAACGCAAUCAGAAGGCGUUAGCGAAGAGUUCUUGGAUGAAAAUCGAGGUCCGGUUAUUGAUUAUCCCAUUUGGUACAUCAACACUGUAGGUCUUCAGCCUGCAGUUAUUAAUUUGAUCACAAUUUUCAAGUACAAAAGGGGAAAUGGUUUGAUUGAUGGAACAGAGUGCUCUGUUUGUUUAAAUGAAUUCCAAGAUGAUGAUUCUCUUAGGUUGUUACCAAAAUGUAACCAUGCCUUUCACAUCCAUUGUAUCGAUACAUGGCUUAGAUCACACACAAAUUGUCCUUUGUGUCGCGCUGCUAUCAUCUCCAACACUGCAACUGCUCCACUGGGAUCAAUCGUCCCAAUUUCGAGUACUAAUAUGAAUUCCAGCGAAGAUAAUGGUUCGCAGAGAGAAGCAAUUGUAGAAGUGAACAACAACAAUCAUUCCAGAGAUGGGGAAUUUCAAGAAAAUGCGAGGAGAGUUAGUCGUGAACAAGAUGAAUUCCAAGAGAUUGAACGUCCUGAAACUUCGAAAAAAGAAGUGAACUUGAAUAGGGGUGAUAAAGAUGUGGAAGUACAACCAAUGAGGAGGUCUGCUUCUAUGGAUUCUUCAAUUUCUACAACCAUAGGACUACAAAUGGGUGUAGGUGAAAAAAGCUGUGUUGAGACGACAACAAAUGAGGAAAUAGGUUCAAAUUCAAGAAUGAAAAGGGUGAUGGAGAGUGCUUCUUCAAUGAAGAGAUCAUUGUCUUAUGGUGGGAGGUCAUUUUUCUCGAAACAACAUCGAAAUCCAAGUUCAGUACUUCCAUUAUGAAAAGGAGCUGGUAUAAAAUUUCUGAGAACGAAAACAUUGUUGUUCUCUAAAUUAUGUGUCCAAAAGAAAGGUUCAAGAUCCUGAAUCAUGACAUAACAGUAAGAGAAAUGGGGAUUUAUGGUAGUUUUAAGUCUGAAAUCUAACUGACAUACACUCGUUGUACAGGUAUGUUAAAAAGCUUAGUUCAUAAAUGAGUUACAGUCUUAACUUCUACUACCUCAAGAUCAUCUGUAACGUGUUGUGCGCCAAAUUAUAAGUAUAAUUCCUUAUACAUGAA